AUGCACUAUCAUCUUCUUCACUCAGAGUUUCAAGCUCGUCUGAGUCUACCUCAGCAAAACAACGAUAAUUUUGUCUCUCUCUCACCUGAAUUUCUUUGUUUGUUUAUAAUAGGUUCUGAGAAGGACGUGAGUGUGGACGUGCAGUCUGACUUGUCUCUUUUACUCGAUUGUCUCAAACUUCAACAUGCGUCUAGAGAAGCGAAGAAACAAGCACUUCAGACGGUGGUAACCAUUUGCUCUGACAAUGAAAAGGCCAGAGGUUUCUUCCUGGAUCAUGGUGGUCUUCACAUCUUGUUGGAGUUGCUCUUUGAGUCUGUUGACUGCUCCAUGCAGAGAAUCAUUAUGUUCACUCUGGGAUGUGCUACUGACAGCAACAGUUGUUCUCAGUCGGAAUUGUGUAGUUCCAAAUUAUUUCGAUUCGAAGAAGGUCUACUUUGUGGUGAGAACUGGUCGGCAGACUUUUGCACUACUGCUGCAUACCUUGUUGGAGUGACAGUAGCAAAGAACAAUUUGGGACAAACACAGGCCAGAGACAGCGGAAUAUUGAAAUCUGUUAUUGAUAUUGCAAGACAUAUGUCGUCAAAUGUGGUGCUGCACGAUGAAAGAAACAAGUCCGGUCAGAGGUUAUGGGAUGGUGUAAUGGCUGCAUUGACUAACUAUGAGCAAUCCUUACAAUGAAGAAAACCAGAAAAUUCUCAAGCGUUUCCGGCUGUAGUAGCUGUUCUAAGCCAAUCAGGCCCUUACAGCAAGUCGUCGAUUAGCCAUUCUGCAUCAUUUCUAGCUGCGUGUUGCAGCUCUAAUGAACGUAACCAGGCACGUCUCAGUUUGGUGGCAGGUCUGGAAUGCUUGAUUCACUUACUG